UCAAAUUACACGUAGUGAUAAUGCGUUGUCACUAUGUGUAAUUGACUCACUCAGUUUAUGUUUAGUCUGUCCAUGACAUUUGCCUAUGACUAUGUUCACAUAUGCACAUCAUGUCCAAAGGCAGGCAACGACUACGUUUAGGAGAAACCUUGGGUCGAGAUAUAGCGCAUUGUCCGCUGUUUUGUCAUGAUGCCGAAUUGUAUGGAAUUUCAAUUACCUUCCACGCGUACACAGACACUGAAUGCCUGCAACUAUGAGUUCUUCUCGAAUAUCUGUCAGCUGGAAAGUCCUCAGCAGCACGGCAGAAUGGUUGGAUAAGGAGGAAAGCAAGCGGCGUGAGGAGAAGAAGCUGUCUCGGCGGAGCAGACUCGCUACAGACACAGCCAGCCAUGGUGUGCUGUCCAGGCUGCCUGAUAAAGCUGACGAUAGUCCGCGUUCAUCGGUGGAGACCAGAGAAGAAGUGCUGCCAAGUCAGCAGUCUGAAGGGCGUCGCCAUGCUGCGGAGAAAGUACAGCAAAUACAGGUAGACCGUCACACUGGCCGAGAAGUGCACAACACUGGUGCUCUUGACGAUCGUGUCUCAAACCGCAAGCAUGCUGACAGUGACAAACUUGUUGCAGCUAACCAACAUGGACGUGCGGUACGGCCCGCAAAGGCUGGUCUGGACUCGAGUCGUGCUGGAAUUCUACGCGUUCCUGCAGGUACGUCCAUCGAUGCUGAUGCAGCUGCCGCAUGCGAGGAGAGACAAACCGCAGCUGCAGCCCAAGCCAGUGUACGUCAAUCUAAGCCGAUGAGUCGACAGGAAAGGCCGCCUGUGCGGCAGCCAAUAGAACCACAGCAACACCAGCAACACCAACAGCACCGCCAGCAGCAACGACAACAGCAACACCACCACCAGCAGCAACAACAGCAACCGCAACGAAGGCGAGCAGACGACUCGUUAGCACUCAUGUGCAAGCGUAUCGGUCAUCUUGAGCAGAAAGUGACCGGUCUGAUAGAGCGUGAUGUGACACCGAGAACGAUUUCAUCCAUUGUGGCAGCAAGUGAGCAGCUACAAGCGGUGUGCAUUGCCACGCUCUUACAGCACAGCGGCCAGUCGCUCAAAGCUAAAGUGGAUCAGAAGUUCUGGCGAUACGGAUGCUAUGCUGUGGUGGAGGCGCUACGCCGCAAGGUCCAGGAGACUGCCGCAAUAUCUGUGGAUUCUGUAGCGUUUUGGCAGCAACAUCUGCUGGCGUUCGUCGAAAAGUCCAAUGAGCUGCUUCUGGAGCUUGUGGAGAAGUUGCAAGAGCAGGCCUCACUGGACUUGUCAGCACUCAUCGAACGAGAACGUGCACACUUGGUCCUAUCUUCCAAGGCUAAACUAGCUGUUGUUCUCUGCCACAAUUGUUUCAUUUGGAUGGGAGACCUUGCUCGCUACAGUCAGGAAGUUGAGGCUACGAAAGACUGGUCUCUGGCACGACAGUGCUAUAUGAAGGCCACUGACCUGACACCGCGCAACGGUAAACCACACAAUCAGCUAGCUAUUCUGGCUUUGCACACUCGCCGCAAGCUGGAUGCCAUCUUCUACUACAUCCGUGCGCUGUCGGUCCGGACUCCCAUUCUCACAGCCAAGGAGGCUCUCCUUAGUCUAUUUGAUGAUAUCUCCAGAAAGACUGUUGUCUUGGAUCGUCGUCAAGAGAAAGAGGCACAGGCCACUGUGAAGAAGGAGGCCAGUCGUCAAGCUCGGCACAACAAGCGCGAUUCGAACAGAACGCAGGCAAGGGGCGGCGGAAGCAGGCGGUCACCUAAGAACGCUGAAGAGGAGGAUGUUGGCGUGAAGGAAGUGUGGGUGCACCCGCUAUCCUCGGCGUCCUCGGUGUCUGGCAUCGCUACAAGCGACAGCAAUCACUCCGUCUCCUCGGCGGCAUCUCUAGAUGCCUGUAGUAGUGAUUUGUCAUCUAUAGACUCUGCCACAGUCAUAGCAGCAUCCACACUACACCAGCAACAUGUAUCUCUCAAGAAAUCCACAUCAUCGGAUAGUGUGAGAAAGCUGAAGAAGUAUGUCAUUCUUCGCUUCCUUCGCUUGCAUGGGAUGAUGCACACCAAGAUUGGAAUGGAGCACUUCAAGCGUGUGUGCACGGCAUUCCGACGUGACCUGGAUGAGCUAGUGCAGAGCCUGGAUGACAGCACACUGACAUUCACCAAGAUGAUGAUCAUCAAUGUGUUUGCCCUGCACCGCAUCCUUGUCACUGCUGCUGCUUCUAGCCCCGAGACAUCUAUACCAGUACAUAAGGAAACAACGUCAGUGUUUGCGGUGUUGAUGGACGCCCUACUUUCAUCAUGCAACGCUCAAGUCUCAAUCGUAAACAGCUACCUUGAUCGGACGGGCAAGACGUUUGAUCAGGCAUUGGAUGCUGGCAGUUCUCCUGACAGUGCUGCUGCAUCUCUUCCUGGUUUGUCCAGGCUUAGUUCCUUACUACCUGCAGUUUGGGUGGGACUGGCAUGGCUCAACAAUGACUUAGCGCGACGGAUUGAUGGCUUUCCUUGGCAAAGUUUGGCGGACUUGUUGAACAGCGUGAGGGCCUGGCCUCUUGAUGCGUUUGUCAAAGACUACGAUGAAUCCUGCGGGAAGUCACUGAUAACGCCUGUUGAGGAUCACCUGCUGAAUGGAUUUCUACCGUUGCAGAGUUGCUUUGAGCAGAUGCCUGCAUUUCACAAAGCCAGCAAAGACACCCCAAUCGCCAUUCUUGACUUUGCUGUGCGUGGCUACAUGCUGCUAGCGUGUGCGCAGUGCGUUGUCGGCAAGCGCUCCGAUCGGUCGCAAGCAAUUCGCCUGCAGCUGUCCGACAGUCCAGACCAGCGCUGUGCGGACUAUGUCGUGUGUCUCGAGGAAGAGAUGCCACCUCGCACGGCUACUCCUGAAGCGGCUCUGAGUGAUAGUGGCAGCAUGGCUCCUGGUGCAUCACCCUUGCAGCCAAGAUCAUCAUGGUAUAACCUAUGUGGCAAGAGUGAUGAUGAAGGUGACAGUGCCGGUGGCCAUGAAAAAGGCAAUACUGAUGGUGAUGACGAUGAGGUUGAUGAUGAUGAUGAUGACGAUGAGGAUGUUAUUGUUCUGGAUGAGAUUAGCCUUGAUGGUGAUGAUGAAGAUGUAUCUUGUGAUGAUGACGACGACGGUCAUGGACUAAUAGUGAUGGCAGGCAAAACUACCGAGGAAAGCAAUGCUGAUAACAGGGACGGUGUGAACACGGAUAUGGUUUCUGCGGCCGAUAGUGAUGUGGCAAUUGCAAUCCGUGAACUGAAAGAACGACGUGACAGUCUGCAGAGGCAGCUGCAGGCGGAGGAUGAUUUCCAGGAACGUGUCAAGGAAUUAGUCGAGGAGCAGGCCUCAUCAUCUGCUGUCAUCUUGACCAUCGCUCCGCGAUACCUCGUCUUGGAUACAAACUGCUUCAUUUCCUUUUUGCCGGAGCUUGAAGAGCUGGCGGAAACGUCGCAAUUUACGCUCAUUAUUCCUCUUGUUGUGGUUAAUGAGCUAGAUGGCUUGAAAAAGGUCCAGGCUGAUGACAGCGUACACGCCGAACCAGUGGGACGCAAUGCCAGGUCUGCACUGGCUUACCUGGAAGGGAAGUUUGCCAACAGGCACCGUAGCUUCAAGGCCAUGACGAACCAGGGCUCGCUGCUCAACACGAUUGCAUUCCGGAAAGAAGACGGCACUGCUGGUAGUGAGGGUAAUAACGAUGAUCUUGUCUUGAGCUGUGCUCAACGCCUGUGCAGGACGGAGGCGAGCACUGUCGAUCCAGCUAAGAAUCUCAUAGAGGUGAAACGAAACACCGUCCUCCUGACAGAGGACCGCAACCUGCGCGUCAAGGCUCACCUGCGCCACAUUCCAACACGUGGAGUGGCACACUUUCUGGCCUGGUUCAAGAACAAAGCGUGACCCCCAUGGAUGUGACCCCUUUCAGAUUUGAUUCCCAACCACACUGGUGUUAUUUUGAGUCUUUUUUUACUCCCAAUCGCACUGACGCUGGUAGUGUCCUGCUACAGCCUACAGAGCUCACAGUGUCCAGGGGUCCAGGGGUCCAUGCUAGUAGUGGCCAAGUACUGUAGACCACCAUGCUGGCUCAUGUAGCAAUGACUGCUGGGUAUAGUAGUGCUGGCUUGGAUGCUGUCAUCACCUGACUCUACUAUUUAAUACUGUAGUCUGACACACAAGUGAAACGUCCGUCAACAACAAGGACAAGGGCAAGAAGAACAAGAGCAAGAGGGAGUGGAAACGAGACGAGAACAGCGGGUAGUGACCAAGAACCAAACAACAGCGGAGCAGAGCCACGCCAUGCCCGCCACAGUUCAGUGUGGAGAUUCUACAACUUACAGUACAAGAGCACGUCAUGACGUACCUGUCAUUGCAACUAUGACUGUGUGUCAAGCAAGCACGCCACCAGUACACCAGUACAGGGACUAUCUACUGGACAUCAUGUCUGUACUGCAUGUGCAGCUGCCUGUGGCCUGUCAUGGCGGACAUCAAAAAAUAAUAGUCGACCACAUGUACAGUCCACGCCUACCUUUGGCCUGUCGUGGCAGGCAUGGAAUAAUGGCCACUCCUUGACAGUCCACAACUUGUGCAAUGGCUCUCCUCCAAUUAUGGCUUCGUAGCUUCUGAAAAUGGAAUAGAGAACCACUGUGCUAGCUGUGCAGAUCGGGACUUGUUUCUAGCUAUUAUGGCCAGUAGUAAUGGGACUCCAGCUCCUACAUUGCGUGGUGGUGUGGACCAACGCAGCAGCAAAGUGUGUUGUGUUUGUGGUCGAUGAAAGUGAGUAUUAGACAGCGUUGUGUUUGCGUGAGUGGACCCUCACUCACUUGAGAAGGGUGCCAGAGUGCUUUCAAACUACUUGUGAAGGCCUUGACAUCCUCCUGAUUGCAUUAUUGCACCAAGGCCAAGGCCACUGGUUGCACAGUCACUGGUAAGUAUGGUGGACAGUCACUGCAAUCAUGAUUGGAAAGGAGUGUCGUCGCGUGCAAACGGAGUUUGUGUUACAGCCUGCAUACCUUUGCAUUGCAUGCAUGUGCUGCUGCGUGUUGAACACGAGCUAUAGUUAGUAGAGUAGUACAUUGUAGUUAGUAAGGUUAGCUAGCAGCAGUACAGCUACUGAUGCAGUCUUGUUACUGUUAGUGUUUUACUAAAAAACGUAGUAUUCACCCAGGUCGUGUUACACAGUACCCCUUAUAAUGAGCUUACUACAGUAGUUUUACUGCCUAACUGCCCAGCAGCUAUGCCAGGCAUGCGCUGCUGCCCAUUACCACAUUGUGUUACAUGUGUUCCUGGCCUUAUGCCAAUAUAAUUACUUCGUACAUUACUAGUACUGCUAGUAGCUUCUCCAGCCAAAAGCCGUUUUGCAAUGCCAAUUGCCAUGCUGUGUGUUGUUCCAGUGGUAAGCUGGACUCAUUGCCACUGGCAAUCCUGCAACUGCACUCUGCAGGAAUUCUUUGAACUUGUUUUAGGCUAGUAACUUAGUUUUGCUUUGCUUGUAAAGCAUGUGUCACUUACUUUCCGUGUUCCUUUUCUUCUUCUUUUUUUGUUUGUUUUGCUUUUCACAUCUUAUGACAUGCCUAACUUUUUCUUGCAUGUUCUAUGGCUUUUACCAAGAGUAGAUAAGAGUAGUGGUUAUGUACUCUUGCUUUUACCAAGAGCUUUUACCACUUUAUGUCAAGUUUUGCUGAUCCAUGCAUGGAACCUUUUUUCUGUGUUCAUACCUGCCUUUUCUUUGCGCAGAGAACCCCUGCUGUGAAGGUCUUCCUGGUCAGGAAACCUAAACAAUUCCAUUCCACAAGUCUCGACCUUG